AUGGCUGCUAAUAAAGUUGAAAUGUCAUUGGGUGAGUUGUUUUUUUAAUGAUGCAAUUACGAAAUGUUUUAAAAUUUUAUAAAAACUUAAAAAAUAUAUUGUUGUUGAGGUAAAACAUACAGUUUUGUUUUCGAAUUUAGCAUUUUUAAGUCUAGAUAAUACGUAUUUGAAUCAGUUUUUGUAUUUAAUUACUUUUGUUGUAGAUGACAUUAUCAAGAGCUCUAAGGCUAAGCCCGGCGUCAGCAACAAAAGGACCUUCAAAAAAAAAGGUACCAAGCCAGGACCAAUCAAGAAGGUGAGUUUAUGGUUUGAAUUUAAAGUGAGAAUUUAAUGUUCGAUCGUUUCAAAGUUUUACCGCAUUAAACAAAUUCGUAUGUGUAAUAUUGGUUUGUUUUCAGAGAGGUUUUAAAGGACAGAAGGAGGAGGCCAGAGUGACACCUGCAACAAAGCAACUGGUUAACAAACUUGUUCAAGUGAGUAUUUAAUAAGCCUUAUAUGGAUAAUUUCUUGAAAUUGUUGAAAAACGAUUUUUUAAUAUUUAUUUUUCAUGAUUUAUAACUUUAGCAAGCUCUGGCUAAACGAGGAAUCAGAAACUCUGGAUCGCCGGUGAAGAAGCCUUUCAGAAAGGUGAACGCCAAUUCCAGAGUAAUCAAGAAGAGGACUGGACCACGAACCGAGACUGUUAUUGUCAAGAAGAUUCAGCGUCCAGUUCAGAAACCUCGUGUCAUCAGAGAGGUGAUUGUCCAAGAACAACCAAGAAGGGUGAACCGACCAGUCCGCAAGACCUUUGUUGAACAACGACCUCGUCAACGUGUUGUCUACGUCAACGAGCGACCAACUCAGCGCGGCCGAUUUGUGAACAGAAGGAGAAGGUCGGGAGAUUCAUUCUACGAGUCCUCCAACUUCCUUCAACGAAUCUAA